AUGGCUCAAGGUAAUUUGAAAUUAUCCAAAAAAAAGCCUGCUAGAGUCACAAAGCUAAAGAAAAAUCCUAAGGCAGCUGCUCCAAAGAUUCACAAGCCGAAAAAGGUGAGCCGUAACGAGAAAAAUCUUUAUAAGCUAUCUCAGAAGCAUACUGCAAAUCUUGUCUCAAACACAGAAAAGCUUAUUGCCGCUAGAGUGGGGCAUUUGGAGAUAAUUAAGGGAACAAGGAGAGAAGUUGAAAAGAACGCUAAAUAA